AUGGCUUCUACCAUGGCCUCUACCUUCAGCACUCGCUCAUCGCGCUCAUCAUCGCGACCAUCAUUGUCCAUCGAUGUCGCCAACCUCCCUCCACUCUCACAGCCAACACCGCCCUCCAACACCCUCUUGAUUACCGAUCUCCACGACCUGCUCCUCUUCCAGCCCCCAUCGCUGGAUGAAAUCCGCGCUCUGAUCACAGCAGUCGCACCCUUAAACUCCUUUUCUCCACUCCCAUCCAUGCGCCGCAUCGUCUGCUCCUUCCACAACACCGAAGAUGCCACCGCAAUCCGCAAGAUGCUAGACGGCCAGCGCCUCCUAAACCGCGACGUCCGACCACGCAUCUACUUCGGCGAACCAACAGCAAUCCUAGACGGCGGCCGCCCGAAGCUCCUCGAAGCCCCGCAGAUGGACAAGCUCUUCUUCAUCUCCCCGCCUCCCAGCCCGCCACACGGAUGGGUCAUGCGCAACGAAGACCCGCCAAACAAGGAAGUCCACGCCACCGACCUGGCCCACGCCCUGUCGAUGCUGAAGACCGACAAGACCCAGCCUGCGCCCGUAUCCGCGCCCGCGCCCGCGCCCGUGCCCGCGGACCCUGCUACUCCAGUUUCUAUCACAUCCGACAAGCGCACGCCCAGCUGGCCCAUGGCCGGCUCGCAGCAGCGCAGUCGCAGCAGCACGAUUAUCUAUCACCCCGAAGACCACGGUGACAGUCCUAAUCUGCCUGCGGUGAUGGUCGAGGAUAUGACGUUCACGGCUGAGGAUGUUGAUAUGGAUAUGGAGAUGGAUACGGAUAUGAGUCCGAUCGAGAUGUCUCUCAAGAAGAUGCCUCCCAAGACUUCCCGACCUCCAGUGGAGCUUAUGGAGUAG